GGCCAAUACCAUUCACUUCAAUUACUCACGAUGAAGUCCCUUAUUCUUGUCCUCCUCGCCACUGCUUGGGUGUCUGCCCAAGACCUACCCUCCACGGAAUGCAAGAGCAAGGAAGCUGUCGCCAGUUGUCUCGAGAACAUUGAUCCUGAAAAGUGUAACGACGACAUCCCCUGCCUCUGCGCGGUAUAUACAGAGGCCAACAAUUGCUUCAGAAGUUGCCCCGACGACGUUGAGGCCAAGACGUACGCCGAAACCGCAGAAGGCUUUUGCAACUGGGGGGCUGAUGAUACCGAUGAUACACCUGAGUGA